UUGCUAUACUGCUGCUGACAGCCCCGUCUCAUCUUGCCGUUCUCCUCUACCUGAAUGGAAUCCUCCCAGUAAUGUCGUACCCUUAUGCAUCGGUUAUAUGCGCAAAUAGUUCGAAGCUAGGAGUCAAUCAGAAUGAGGGUAUACCUUUGAAGAUACGCGUGGCACUUCCUCGGCCCUUACAUGUGAAGUCUGGCUAGUAUGUCAACCUCUGGAUGCCGACUGUCAGCCUGCUAUCGUGGUUUCAGACCCUUCCGUUCAUGGUCAUAUCCUUCUCCCCAGGGAAACAAGAUGUUUUAGAAUUAUUUGUACAGACCCGGCGAGGCCUAACCGAGACGUUACGUACGCGUAUAGCUUUAGAUGGCACCUCCUCGUUCACAGCUUUUGUCAGUGGGCCGUACGGCAUCAGUAAGCCGGUCGACAAGUAUGAGACUGUUUCGGCGGUCGCUAGUGGCUUUGGCAUUUCUAAUGUCUUCCCCUAUCUCAAGCAGCUUCUCUAUGGUUAUAACACUUCCUCUGUGCGAGUCUGACAGCUACAUCUGGUUUAGCAAAUGCUGACAUUGGAUAUUGCCCAACC